AUGAGGUCUUUAAUCCUUUUUGCGCUCCUUGGUGGAAUGCUCCAAGACGUUGAAUCUCAGAACAUCACUCAAACUUCUGCAAUCUCGUUUUCCGCUACUCCUGUUACGACCGCCAUACCUUCUGCUACAGUACCAUUGGAUACUCCUGUAGUUGGACAGGGUGAUUAUCCUCCUGAACAAUACUUGUGUGAUCAAGGAAAGAAUACCACUUAUUGUGCUGGUGUACUGCUACAAGAUGUCCAAUUAGCUGGUCUUUUCCCUGAUUCCAAACCUACAAAUGGUACUUUGAACGAUACAAUUGCAGCUUUCAACGCAUUAGGAUCGAACGUCACUGUAGGGCAAAUUGAGACUUUUGUUGAGAGUAAUUUCAAAGGAGAAGGACUUGAUCUUGAACAAAUUCCAAUUGAGGGAUUCGUGCAGAAUCCAGCUAUACUCGACAAUAUCUCUGAUCCUAUAUACAAAGCUUGGACAAGUAUCGUUAAUAGCUAUUGGACAUUACUCAUCAGGGAAACUAACGAAUCAUCUAUCUGUAAUGGCAAUUGUGAUUCAAGUUUGAUUCCUCUGAACCAUACAGUCGUAGUUCCAGGUGGAAGAUAUCAUGAGAUCUAUUAUUGGGAUUCUCGAUGGAUCAUUGAAGGUUUACUCAAAUCUGAGCUGUACGACUAUGCUUGGAACUUGUUACAAAACAUGAUGGACUUUAUUGAUGCUUACGGAUAUAUCCCUAAUGGUGGAAGGAAAUACUACCUCAAUCGUUCCCAACCACCUAUGUUCAUCCAGAUGCUUGAUGCCUACGUUAAAGUCACAGGAAACACCACCAUCCUUGAAAGGGCUUUACCACUCGCUUCUACUGAAAUGGAGUGGUGGGCUACAAACCGAACCUUCAACUACACAUCGCCAUUCACCAAUAAGACAGUUUUGGUUGCUCACUAUGCUGUCAAUAACUCGGCCCCAAGACCGGAGGGGUACGUCGAAGAUUACGAGACUGUUACUGGUACCACUCCUGCCCUCAACGCCACCGGUAAAGCCGAGCUCUACUCUGAGCUUGCUUCGGGAGCAGAAUCAGGAUGGGAUUAUUCAUCAAGAUGGUGCAAACAGCCAGUAUUGAACGUCAGCGAUAAUAACCCCGCUCUGAGAACACUCAAUAUAAAGGCAAUCAUUCCCGUGGAUCUGUUGAGUCUCUUAGCUGGUGAUCAUGCUUUGCUCGCCGAUAUGUAUGAUCUUCAUGCCAAUUCGACCAACUCGACGUCCAGCAGCAAUUCUACAGGUAUUCUCCCGCCAACUGCCAAUUCUACUGCAAACUCUACCAGUAAUGGAGGAUCAUCUGCAAAUGCUACUUAUCAUCGACAACAAGCUCAAGCUUUCAGUGAUGCUGUUCUCGACCUCUGCUGGGACCCUGUUAAAUCCUGGUUCUACGAUUUCAACACCACUUCCAACUCCCGAUCGAAUGUAUAUACACCUGCUGGUGCAUGGCCUCUAUGGCAGAAUAUCACACCUAGUGAACUUGUGAACAACGAGACUGCAGCUCUGAACUUCGUUUCAGGCGCUAGAUUCUUGCUUGGGAGAUACUCGGGUAUUCCUAGUGUGGCUAGUCUGCUAUACACUGGAUUGAAUUGGGAUUUCCCCAAUUCGUGGCCACCACAUCUCCACACAACAAUCAAAGCGUUUGAGACGCUUGGAAGGCUUUAUCCUAACGCUUCGACCUUAUCUAACCUUACCAUCCCAUAUUCUCAAGUUGCAUCAGGACAACUAGGCAUCAACGAGACCGCUCUUCAGCCCCAGCCUGCAAGUACCAUUGGAAAUGUGUCCUUACAAGUUCAAGAAGCUCAAGGUAAACCUUGGCCUCUGGCUUUGUCAAUCGAGUACGCCAAUAGAUACCUUGGAGCUGCUUUCUGUUCUUGGUAUUCUACGGGUGGAGCUAUAGAGGGAUUAUUGACUCAACUGCCAUUGAGUGAACUCAACGCCACGGGUACCUAUACGGCUGGUCAGUCAGGUGUAAUGUUUGAAAAGUUCAACGCAACCGACACCGACGCGGCAGGUGGAGGAGGCGAAUACACUGUGCAAGUCGGUUUCGGAUGGACCAAUGGUGUUGUCCUUUGGGCAGCUGGAGAAUAUGGUCAAUACCUUCCUGCACCUACAUGCCCCAUGAUUCCAAUUAUCGAAAUGAGUAAUAAUGGUACUUCAUCCUCAUAUUCCAACGGUACUACAGUCAAUGGUACAGGAUCAAUCGUGAAUGCUACCUCAGGCAAUUCCACAUCCAGUAUCCUGUUUGCUGGAUAUAGGAUCCCGAGAGACGAUUGGAAAAGAGCCGUUGAGGAACAGUGA